CAUUACUCAUGCAAUAAACUUUGAGAGCUUCUCUUCUUCAACUACUCAAUUUAUAUUUCUUGUUGUUUGUUUAAUUUGAAGUGACAUUGAAAAGAAACAACAAUGGCAAAUUCUAUGAGCUUUCUCAUACUUCUUUGUUUAGUCUUUGCUCCUUUCUGUUUAUGUCAUAAGAAAAUGGGGUCAUACCUUUAUCCUCAAUUUUAUGACUAUUCAUGUCCACAAGCUCAGGAGAUUGUUAAGUCCAUCCUUGCCAAUGCUGUUGCAAAGGAACCUCGUAUAGCUGCUUCACUUUUGAGACUUCAUUUUCAUGAUUGUUUUGUCAAGGGUUGUGAUGCUUCAAUUUUGUUAGAUGGCAAUGGAGGCAUUAUUAGUGAGAAAGGGUCAAAUCCUAACCGUAAUUCAGCCAGAGGAUUUGAAGUGAUUGAUGAAAUUAAAUCUGCACUAGAGAAAGAAUGUCCUCAUACAGUUUCUUGUGCUGACAUUUUGUCUAUAGCUGCCAGAGAUUCAACUGUUCUUACUGGUGGACCAAAUUGGGAAGUGCCUUUAGGAAGAAGGGACUCACUAGGGGCAAGCUUAAGUGGCUCCAAUAACAACAUUCCAGCUCCAAACAACACAUUUCAGACCAUCCUAACUAAAUUCAAACUUCAAGGACUUGACAUUGUUGAUCUUGUUGCUCUUUCUGGGAGCCACACUAUAGGGAACUCAAGGUGCACUAGCUUUAGGCAAAGACUCUACAACCAAAAUGGAAAUGGCAAGCCAGAUUUCACUCUUGACCAAUACUAUGCUGCUGAAUUGCGCAAUAAUUGUCCAAAAUCAGGUGGUGAUCAAAAUCUGUUUUAUCUAGACUAUGUCACACCAACAAAAUUUGACAACAACUAUUUCAAGAACCUAUUGGCUUACAAGGGACUAUUGAGUUCUGAUGAAAUUCUGUUGACAAAGAAUGAAGAAUCAGCUGAGUUGGUGAAGUUGUAUGCUGAGAGAAAUGAUAUUUUCUUUGACCAAUUUGCUAAGUCUAUGAUCAAGAUGGGGAAUAUAUCUCCUUUGACAGGUUCUAGGGGACAGAUUAGAACAAAUUGCAGGGUGAUUAAUACUUAGUGAUCAAGCAAUAUAUCAUUGCUAUAUGGAAAUCAUACAUGAUUCUAUUUUAUGUUUCUGUUAUUAAUCCUUGAAAAAUAUUGUUGUUUUUCCUUGGUGAGUUUAUAAUCAUGAAGCUAUUGCUAAUGUGUGCACUUGGGCAUUUUGGCCUUGGAUAAGAUUCUUGUAUGUGUCUCAUGAAAUUAUUGUAUUUAUUUCCAUUUCUUUUACAUUAA